AUCUCUGCACUAUAUUAACCCAUAGGAACAGAAGCAGCCUUAAGGAUGGCUCAAACUCUCUCCGUUGAAAACCCAGUCUCAGUAGUUCAGCAGCAGAAGGUGAUAAUUCCAAACAAACAUGGGGAAAAGCUUGUGGGGAUAUUGCAUGAAACCGGGUCUAAACAGAUUGUAGUUUUAUGCCAUGGGUUUCGAUCCUCCAAGGGAGAGGAAAAUAUGGCAAACCUUGCUGCUGCUCUAGAAAAAGAAGGCAUCAGUGCCUUCCGUUUUGACUUUGCUGGAAAUGGAGAAAGUGAAGGUCAAUUUGAGUAUGGUAAUUAUUUUCGAGAAGCUGAUGACUUGCAUUCUGUAAUCCAACACUUUAAUGGUGCAAACCGUAUUGUAGCUGCAAUUCUUGGGCAUAGCAAAGGGGGUGGUGUGGUGCUUCUGUAUGCUUCAAAGUAUCACGAUAUCCACAUAGUUGUCAAUGUUUCCGGCCGGUAUGAUUUGAAGAUGGGCAUUGAAGAACGCCUGGGAAAAGACUUUAUGGAUCGAAUUAAGAAGGAUGGGUACUUGGAUGUCAAAAAUAAGGCAGGAGGUGUUGAAUUUCGUGUAACUGAGGAAAGUUUGGUGGAUCGCCUAAAUACAAAUAUGCAUGAAGCAUGCCUUAAGAUUGAUAAGGAAUGCAGGAUCUUGACAAUCCAUGGAACUGCUGACCAGAUGAUCCCAGUUGAAGAUGCAUUUGAAUUUGAUAAGAUCAUACCUAAUCACAAAUUAGAGAUUGUAGAAGGCGCAAAUCAUUGUUACACUAAGCAUCAAACUGAAUUAGCAUCUAUUGUUGUGAACUUUAUAAAAACAACCCUACAGGAAGACAAGGGUGCUCCAAAUUAGGUAUCUGGUGGAAUGCACCCAUGAUUAUAAGGUCUGAAUCUGAAUUGGCAGUCAUGAAAUUCAUCUAGCUUUGCACGGGGAGUAUUACGAGAUAAUGUCAAGGAGGAUCUGGGUUCUCACUAUUUCUGAAUUUCAGGGAAGUUGAAUGUUUUAGAUUAGUAUUAAUAAGAUUAUAUAUGAACCAUGAUUUGUAUUCUGCUUGGAAGUUCCAGCACAACUUGGUCAGUGUAGCGAUCAAAAGACAUAACAAUGGGUAGUGAUUGUUGGCCUUUAAACAUGAUAUGCUUGUAGUUAGUGUAUUUUUGAAGCAUUGCAAUCCUAGAACCCCAUAAUAAUGAACAAAGUUUUCA